CAAUAUAUAGCCUCAUUUAUUUCAAACCCCAUCAUCCUCAUCCUUUAAACUCAUAUUAUAUGCCUCAUCUUCUCCUCCUAACUCCCCAAACACUCAUUUCCCAAUCUUCUUCAACAAUUCCUCUAUUUGGGGUUCUUGGUAUUUCUAGAAAAUGGAAUCAGAAAGCUUAAAAGAUUCAUAUAAUGAUCAAGAAGUUCGUGUAGAAGUCAUUGGAAAAUUAACCGAUGAUUUCAAAGAACAACUGAAGAUGAAAGAACAGAUAAUCAACCAUGAAACGGAACAAUAUGACGAUGAUGAUGAUGAGGUGGAAGAGGAUGAUGAUGAGGAAGAAGAGUUUUCUUUCGCGUGUGGAAUAGACGCGCCGCCUAUAACAGCUGACGAGGUGUUUUACAACGGUCAAAUACGUCCACUCUUCCCUUUAUUCAAUCAAAACCUACUUUUAUCUGAUGAAGAUAUAGAAGCUUUGAAAGAACAGUUACCAAUAAGGCCACCAGUAAAGAAUAUAUUUAUACAAACAGAAGAUAACCCUAUUCAUGCAACUUCUUCUUCAAGUGAAGAAAUAGCUGGACCUUGUUGUGAAUGGUCAAAAAAUAAGGCAAUUGAAGCUACUACAAAUGAAGACAGUCCUGAAGGGGUAUGUAAAAAGAGUAAUUCAACUGGAUUUUCAAAGCUAUGGAGAUUCAAAGACUUUCUUCACCGGAGUAACAGUGAUGGAAGAGACACGUUUGUGUUCUUGAACCAUACUACUACUACAAAUACUCCGGCGAAAGCAGAAGAAAAAGUCAAAGUCAAAGUCGACGAGAAGGUAACAGAGAAGAAAAAGAAGAAGAAGGGUGUGAAGAAGAGUGAAGGUGUAUUAGCACAUGAAGCUUACAUGAAGAGUAAAGCUAAGGCUGAAGGCCGGCGAUCGUAUCUUCCUUACAGACCGGAGCUCGUCGGAUUUUUCACAAAUGUUAACGGUGGAUUAACGAAGAACGUGCACCCAUUUUAAGAUGGGUAAGUUCGUCCUGACACUAGGAUUAUAAAAAGAAGAAAAAAAAAAAAAAAGGCACAAAAGUUUGGUGCCUCCUUAGUCAAAUUAUUUUAGUUUUUUUUUUUUUUCGUUGAUAGAAAUGUUUAAUUUAUUUUUAAUAUUGUAGUGUAAUUUGUUUAAGAAAAGUAUGUAUGUAGUCAAUAUUUAGGUUGGUUUGAUUAGAUCAUGGCUUACGGGAUAUUAGGUAUAAGUUGGCCCUUUGUUUCCCUUGUUGAGCUUUGUAAAUCUUGAUGAUUCACCAUUUUGGUUUUAAUAUUUCACUAAUUUUACAACCUUUAACCGUUUAA